GCAGCAGGAGGGCAAGGACGUGGAUGAAGGAGAAGAAGGAGGCAGCAGCACAAUGGAGUUGAACUGUGGAGGUGAGAGAACGGAGCCAAGUCUAACACCAGUUCCCCUUGCAGUUAUAGUUGACACAUGGAACAUUUUUGUACAGCUUCACACAUGCCGCACUAGCAACGACCCGAGAGCCCGUCUCCACGGGACGAUGCUCUGGCUCUUCUGCAGCUUCCGAGCCGUGGCUCUGCGGCUCACCUCCCCUGGGCUAACAUUUGCCGCCUGGCUCUUGCUGCACCAGCUUCGACCCCCCAUGGCGCUGGCUUCCUCCGUCCUGAUAGGUUCUGUUGCAAAAUGUGAAAAUGAGGGAGAAGUUCUACAGAUCCCCUUUAUCACAGACAAUCCUUGCAUAAUGUGCAUUUGCCUGAACAAGGAAGUGACAUGCAAACGAGAGACGUGUCCAAUACUUUCCAAGGAGUGUGCUCUGGUCAUUAAGCAGAAAGGAGAGUGCUGCGAGCGAUGCAAAGGUUGCAGUUUUGAAGGAAAUUCGUAUAAUAGUUCGGAGUCAUGGCAGGUCCCACACAAACCCUGUAUCAUGAAUCAGUGUCAGGAAGGAGUGAUAACAGAAUCUGAGAUUCAGUGCAUUGUUCAUUGUAAAAACCCUUCAAAGCAGCCAGGAACGUGCUGUCCCACAUGUCCAGGUUGUACACUUGAAGGUAGACAUUACCAUGAAGGUGUGGAAUUUCAACCUGAAGGGAACAAAUGCGUCACAUGUGCUUGUAUUGGUGGCAGGACACAGUGCAUACAAGAAGUGUGCCCCAUUCUUUCAUGUCCCCAGCAUCUCAGUCACAUUCCAUCCGGAGAGUGUUGCCCAAAAUGUUUGGGACAGAGGAAAGUAUUUGAUCUCCCAUUUGGAAGCUGCCUCUUUCACAGUGAUGUUUAUGACAAUGGAGCCUCUUUUGUGUACAACAAUUGUACUAAGUGUACAUGCAGGGAUUCUACUGUUGUGUGUAAGAAGAAAUGCUCACCUCCUGGAGACUGCCUCUCCAAAGAGCAGUGCUGCAAGGAGUGCAUCUCAUACGUGUCUCCUGAAGAAACGAAAGUGUGCAAGUUUGGCAGCAAGAUCUUCCGGGAUGGGGAGAUGUGGCCCUCCAUUAACUGCACCAUCUGUGCUUGUGUGAAAGGCAAGACUGAGUGUCGCAAGAAGCAGUGCAUUCCAGUCAGCAGCUGCCCUCAUGGAAAGAUCCUCAACCGAAAAGGAUGCUGUCCCAUUUGCACUGAAAAGCCUGGAGUUUGCACUGUAUUUGGAGACCCCCACUACAACACUUUUGAUGGACGGACAUUUAACUUUCAGGGAACGUGUCAGUACGUUUUGACGAAAGACUGCUCCUCCUCUACCUCGCCCUUCCAGGUGCUGGUGAAGAACGAUGCCCGGAGGACUCGCUCUUUCUCCUGGACAAAAUCUGUAGACCUUGUGCUGGGCAGCAGCACUAUCAGCCUCCAUCAGCACCUCACAGUGAAGUGGAAUGGGACACGGAUAUCCCUACCCUACGACACACCACACUUUCACAUCGACUUGGAAGGCUAUCUAUUGAAAGUGACAACCAAAGCAGGGCUGGAAAUCUCUUGGGAUGGAGACAGUUUUGUUGAAGUCAUGGCUCCACCACAUCUUAAGGGCAAACUUUGUGGUCUAUGUGGCAACUACAAUGGACACAAGAGAGAUGAUCUGAUUGGAGGCGAUGGAAAUUUUAAGUUUGAUGUGGAUGAGUUUGCUGAGUCGUGGCGUGUGGAGUCAAAUGAAUUCUGUACUCGACCUCCAAGAAAACAGUUUCCUGAACUGUGUCAAGGAACAGUGAGGGUAAAGCUCCGUGCCCAUCGGGAAUGCCAGAAACUCAAAGCAUGGGAUUUUCAGAUGUGUCACUCAGCUGUGGACUACACUGCAUUUUAUCGGUCCUGUGUGACAGACAUGUGUGAGUGCCCUGUUCAUAAGAACUGCUACUGUGAGUCAUUCCUCGCCUAUGCCAGAGCCUGUCAGAGGGAAGGUCUGAAAGUCCAUUGGAAACCUGAGCAAAAUUGUGCUGCAACCCAAUGUAAACAUGGUGCGGUCUAUGAUACCUGUGGUCCUGGAUGUGUGAAAACCUGUGACAACUGGAAUGAGAUUGGUCCCUGCAACAAGCCGUGCAUUGCAGGAUGCCACUGCCCUGCAAAUUUAGUCCACCACAAAGGGAGAUGCAUCAAGCCCAUUCUGUGUCCGCAGCGGUGACAUUUGCUUUUAUCUACAAGGACUUUGAAAUUGAUAUCUUGGAUACCUUUUGAAGCUCACAGCCAGUGAAGGACUGCAAGUUGGUUGGCAGAUUUCUCAAAGCACUCACACAAAGAGUGGAAAAAUAUGUGUGCCUAUAUAUUUAUAUGUGUAUACACAAGUGUGUAUGCAGGUAUGUGUGUGUUUAUAUACACACACAGUGUUUGCAGUUGGGUAGACUCUGGACUGUGCAGGAUUAUGCACCCCCCUCUUUAGGUGGUAAUGUGUAUGAUUUCUCUUAACUCAAAAUGUAAGCCAGCCCUGCUGUGUUUGGAUAGGUAUCUCUUGCUCAUUCUAAGUGUGAUCCUGGACUUCUGUCCCCAAAUCCUGGACCCGAUGGCACCACAGUAUGUGUGUGUGUAUAUUUUUUUGUAGGAAUUGGAUAAUAGCCUGUGCAUGUGUGCAAGGAGAGCAGAUGUCAGGAAGUAAAUGGCCAUACUGUUGGUAUGACAGGAUAUGAAGCCCAAAUCCUUAACCCAACAGCAUGAUAUGUCCAUUGAAGCAACAGACCAACCCUUACUUCUCCAGCCCACCCCCUUUUGGUUUAAAUGCAUACAGGCCCCUAAAAUGUGGUAGCACCAAUUCUAGAUUUAACUAUGUAUAUCCACAUACACAUACAUGUGUGUGCACGUAUGAAAAUAGGCAUCAUUUAUAUAAACCAUAGAAGGAUGAAUUAUUAUUAUUAUUUUGCUAUAAAGUUUAUGUAUUACUAUUUCUAUGAUCUUAACCUGUAAGCCAUGUGAGUCAUUUGUGUAAAUAAGCCAGGUGUUUGAUGACAUGAUAGCACCCACCGGAAUAUUUUGCCAAGCCACCACUUCUUGUGUCCAUGGAUAUGUCCCCAGAGACACAGAAAUGUCAGGUAAGGUUACUUUUUAGAUUCAGAUUUAUGGAAACAGGUUUUAUGUGAAGUUACGGAUGGCUCCAGUUUUCCUUCUCAAACCAGCCUUAGGUUAUCAUUAAGAACAUCUUAAUUAAGAAAAUAAAGCUGGGCAUUGCAUGUUAUACUACACUGGUUUAUUCAGGGACUCCUUUAAACAUUACCUUAGCUGGGGAUAUAUUUCAAUGAACCCAACCAUAUGUGUGGGGGCAGAGGGUGUGGUUCCCAACCACAGAAUUGGCACCCUGCUGGGAAAGGAAAAGGCAGUCCUUUGGGAAAGAUGCACACAACCAGCCCCCACCAACAUGGUUGGGUCAUUUAAAUGAUACUUCAGGCAUGUGUGAAUGAGAUCACUUCUGAAACUGACCAGGGAACAUUAAAGAAACAUCUAGGCCACAAUUUAACACCAGUUUAAAUAUCCUAAAGCCUAGCGAAGAAGGUACUUAGCUCAUUAAAAUAAUGGUCUGGCAUUACGUGCACAGGCAGGCUCAGGCAUCUCAGAACUGCAGCAAUUUCUUUCCAGGUUUUUGGUGUUUUCAUCUGAACUGGAUAAAUUCUGGUUUGCUCAACCAGGAUCCCAAACCAGGAUCAUACUGUGCUUUGGUAUUAUAUUUAAAUUGGCUAGAUGUUGGGUUAUGAUCUUCAUAAUGGGAUAAGACCAAGUAUUCAUUACAACUUUCAAAAUGGCUUACCAUGGUGGGGUGUUAUGUAUGUGCAGCAAGGGUUGGCUUAGUGGCAGCUGAUCCUCAGGAGCACUGAGGCCCCAACAAGUAUCAGAGAUAAGCUUGUCUGGAGUGGCUAAUAACUAGUACCUCUUUUUCCUCUAUAUUGCUCAAUGGAGAAAAAUACAAAAGAUCAAGGAAGAUAUUCCACAGCAUAGCAAGUGUCAUCUGGCAAGUGUCUUUACAUCAGAUUAUUACAUCUGGCAUAGACAUUACUCCUAUAGACAUACUCUUCUGGGAAUGUGGAGCCAUUUUGCUCUCUAGCAUGCUGGCAUAAGGGGAGAGAGAUAUCAAUCCUGCUUGUUCCACCCUCUCUCUUUACAACCUUUUGUUUUUCUGGACUGAUGGCUAGACAACAGCUGAGAAAUAUGCCCAGCAAGGGCAUGUAGUGAAUGUAGCAAAAGACUCAAAGCUAAAUAUAUCCAUUGCAUUUUGAUUCCCUAAAUAUUCCUCAGCUGUUUUCCACAGGCAUGUUUUGUGCCAGGUGAUAAUCAUUUCCUACUACCUGAGAUGUGAAGAUUAUUAUAAUGCUCAAAUACACACAUCCCAUUUUUAAAAAAAUUAAAUCAUGGAGAGCACUUGUGUGCACAGGCUGAAUAACAAAAAGAAAAAAGUCUGUUUAUUUAAAUAUUUAAAUGCAUUUACCUGUAUAUGAUAUGUUUGGUA